UUGAGUUCAUGUAACAGCAAAUAAAUGGAGAAAGAAGGAGGGCGAAGAAGAACAUGCUCCAUGGAAAUCAACAGAAUGAACUCUAUUUGAUAUUGGAGAGUUUGGUGUGUUACUGUCUUUAAGGUGACCCAGCAUCCUGUAAAACGAUUUUCCCCAUCAUGUCUCUGUCGGUGAUAAUAAAGUGGGGAGGACAGGAGUACUCCAUCAGCGCUUUGUCAGAAGACGACACUGUGCUGGACCUGAAACAGUCCAUUAAAUCUCUCACUGGAGUCCUGCCCGAACGCCAGAAACUGCUGGGUCUGAAGAUCAGAGGUAAACCAGCCGAUAAUGACACGAAGCUCGGCCUCCUGAAGCUUAAACCCAACACCAAGAUUAUGAUGAUGGGCAGCAGAGAGGAAAGUCUGGAAGACGUCCUGGCUCCUCCUCCUGAAAGCGAUGAUGUCAUCAAUGACUUUGACAUUGAAGAGGAGGUGAUCGAGGUGGAAAACAGAGAGGAGAACCUGGCUAAGAUCGCACGCCGCGUCAAAGAGUACAAAGUGGAGGAGUUAAACCCACCCAGAGAGGGGAAGAGGUUACUCGUGUUAGACGUCGAUUACACGCUGUUUGAUCACAAGUCGUGUGCCGAGACGGGGCAAGAGCUCAUGAGGCCGUUCCUCCACGAGUUCCUCACAUCUGCGUACGAAGACUACGACAUUGUCAUCUGGUCUGCAACAAGCAUGAAGUGGAUCGAUGCCAAAAUGAAAGAGCUUGGUGUGUCAGAUAACCCUAACUACAAGAUCACCUUCAUGCUGGAUAGUGGAGCCAUGAUCACGGUUCACACACCUAAAAGAGGCGUGGUGGAGGUGAAGCCGCUUGGAGUGAUCUGGGGAAAGUACGGCGAGUUUUACAACCGAAAGAACACCAUCAUGUUCGACGACAUCGGACGGAACUUUCUCAUGAACCCACAAAAUGGACUGAAGAUUAGACCGUUUAUGAAGGCGCACUUAAACCGAGAGAAAGACAAGGAGCUUCUCAAACUGUCUCACUACCUGAAGGAGAUCGCCAAGCUGGACGACUUCUCCGGUCUCAACCACAAGCACUGGGAAAGGUACCUCUCAAAGAAGCAGAGCCAAUGAAGCAGCUGGAGCGUUCAUCCUGAAGAACAAGUGAUGCUGGACACCCACAAGCCAUCACCAAACAACUUCCUGCCAACUCUCUCUCUCUCUCUCUCUCUCUCUCUCUCUCAUCUCGCCAUGCUCGCUCUGUCUUGGAAAGGAAAAGGACUCACCUUUACAGUCACACACGUGUGCUAAAUAAACAAGCAACAACUGUA